ACACACACACACACACACACACACGUGUGCGUGUGCAUGCAUUUAUUUAUAGAUUCUGAACCUUUUUUCCUUCACGCCAUAAAAUAACUGGGAAGAUUAAAGCUUAUUUGCAAGCCCAUCAGCUGCUGCUGUUUCACAGUCUAUUCUAUUUUUUUAUUAACAGAGCUUGAUAUAGUUACUGGCCGUUGGGUAAGUUUCAGCAUAAGAUAAAACAACUCUUCUAAUAGUCUACUUUAAUUUCUUAAAAGCGUUUUCGUCUCGCGCAUGCGCAAUGGGAUGGUGUGUGUUUGAAGAAGACGACGUCGACGAAGAAUUUACGCUCGUGUUCGGUAUGAGGCAGUAAAGUUAGGACUACAGGAGAGUUUCACUGUUGAGCACCCUUGUCGGUUCUGCUUGGCAACGAGGAGUGAAAUCCAGGAGAAGGAGGUCCGGUCGGGAGCAUUUGAACUGAGAACCAAGCAGGAGCAUGACAGAGAGACCAAGUAUGGAGACAACAACUGUACUCCGAGUUAUAAUUUGUGACAACGACAUCCGAAAAAUUGUACUUCCUGUGAAACCACAGACAGUUGACUCACUGUUGGAACAACUUGAAGAAAAGCUGGGACUUCAGUACAAGUUCGCACUUCAGUUUGAGGAUCCAGACUUCAACAAUUCCCUCGUGAAUCUUACCAACAUUGCUGACUUGCCAGAUAAGCCUACACUGAAGAUUGUCUCCCUUGUGACGUCACCAACCCCUAGCACAGCUGACACUGAAGUCCUAUCUGUGGCUUCUGAUCAUCCACGCCAUUGUCUACGGACUGCAUGGCCAGAAACUUUCGAGAUCCCUACUUUUCCUGUUGACGUUGAGUAUAGAUUACGUCAGGGAAAUCUACAGUACAUGCGAGAUCAAACAUACCUACAAUUGUCAGGAGAGCUUAAGCAUGAGAUUCUCGAAAAACUCUCAGAAACUAUAUACAGUUACAAAGCUUACCCAGAUAAGGAAGACUUCGAGGCUGUUGCUACUGCUUUAAUACAAAAACACCCUUGCCUUACCCAGCCUGGCUCAUCUAAGGGGUGGAAUGGGUGGUAUGAUAGCCUUAGGUGGAAAAUGGGCAAUUACCGCUCAAAACUGCGUCGAGCUGGAUGCUUGGAGGUAUCCAUAAAUGGUGGGAAAAGAAGAGGACUGCAGCCUCAGAGAAACAUCAAAAGACCCAAGAGGUUUGAAAUCAAUUUUCUACCGAACUUCCCUGAUGGUGAAGAUGAAGCCAGCAUGGAGUCCAAAAGGAAAGAGAUGGUGGAAGAAAUGAAGAAACGUCGUCUUAACGUUGCACUGAUAGCCCGGAACAUGAAUUCUACAUUUGCCUUGCGUAGAAAGGAAUUGAUAGAGAAGGAGCCUGCUGUGAAGAAUACAGUGGAAAGGUGGCCAGCCCUCUUCACACAGAGUCAGAUCAUGGCAGAGUUUAAUCGUAUAUCUGGCAAAAACCUGCAAGCUGAAUUCUUUCAAGAACUGGACAGAUUUACUCCACGUUUCAUCGAUAUCUUCAGGGCUAAAGGUGGAGACAUUGGUUCCAAACUUAAGAAGAUUCUGCAGCAGAUUGAAAAUGACAAAUCGAACAUCAAUGCGGGACGAACAGCCGUUCUUCAUGGCCUACCACUCCUCCUCGGAGAGGACCCCUCCGAUUUUUACAAGACAUGUUUUGACUGUGAUGACAAUGAAGACAUGUCGGACGUUGAAAUAGGUAUUCUGACAGUGAUUCCAGAGGACUCUGCAACUGUACCCUACUCCCUGCAUCUUGGUGCCACAACAACGGCAAUCAUUUUGGAAGGUACAGUGGUUGUGGAUGAUCUUGAAAAUCUUCCACAAGCAACGUGUCUGCUCUUUGGACUAAUUUAUGCUCUAAACUUAGAGUAUCCUGCAGCACUGAAAUGCACAUUCGACUUCAUACAAAGAGUGAUUUUGUCCCUUGGCCACAAGUCACUCAAACCUAAAAUCCAAUCACUGAAAAAUCGCCUGAUGCAGUAAUAGAUCAUAGCCAUGAUGCUAGUUUGAGUGAAUAGAAGCUGUCUUUAAGAAAACUAAAGAAAUUGUUCAGUACUGUUUUACAGAUACUUCAGUUUUUUCAAUUGUUGAAAAUGAAAAAAUAAAAAUCCACAUUUAAGAGGAUGUUUUGAAAAAUUUCAAGUUUACUUGUUUGGUUUUAGAAUAGUUUUAAUAUAAGAGAACUGUAGUAGGAAGGUGUUCUGUACUAAACUUGUAACAUACUUGCAAGCUCUGCUUUUGAACACUUUGUAAAGAUGUUAAAAACAAAGAAACAUUCAUCCUUUUAAUUGUCUUUUUAUUUCUUGAGUGCAGUAUGUGCUUUUUUUUUUCUAAAAUGUUGCUGGCGGGCAGUUGACGGGCAUGCCUUAAGUAAUGUUUUAAAAUGAAUACUGUUUUAUAGAGCAAAUAAAGUGUUCUAGUGUUGUGCCAAA